ACGGCAGAAGUGAGAGCCGGGAGGAAGGCGAGGCAACAAGCGCGCCUGACUGGAUGCGCGCAAGGAGCAACUUUCACUCCACAACAGUUCAGUUCAUAAAAGCGGGAGCUGCGCUGGGAGCCUGCAGCAGAUGUGAAGGCUUGUUUGACGCACAAAGAGGCUGCUCGCCGGGGACAGAUUACCAGAAAGAUGACAAAGGGCACACUUCUCACUUGUUGGGUUUUUAUUUUCUCCCUCCAUCAGUUUUUAUUCACCUCCUGGGCGCGUUCGGAGGGGAAUACUGUGAGGUUGCAGACCCGGGAAGAGGAGCCGCCAGGUACGGUCAUCGGAAACCUCGCCAAGGACGUGUCCUUGAGUCUGUCUCAUUCCUCCAAGAGCAAUUUCAGGAUGAUGAAACAAUUCAACGACUCGUUCAUUAGGGUGAGAGAAAGCGACGGGGAACUCUCAGUCGGGGAGCGGAUUGACAGAGAAAGAAUCUGCAGGCACACUCCACAGUGCCUGAUUACUUUUGAUGUGGUAAAUUUCUCCAAAGAUCGCUACAAAUUGAUUCACGUUGAGGUGGAAAUAAAAGACAUUAAUGACAACUCCCCGGAGUUCCCCAGCAAGGAAUACAUGGUGGAGAUCUCCGAGAACGCACCACUCGGAUCCCGGAUCCCCUUAGACCCGGCCGUGGAUGCUGAUGUGGGGUCAAACUACAUCCAGAGCUAUCAGAUUUCUGUGAACAGUCACUUUACCAUAGAUGUGCUCCUGAGAGCGGAUGGGGUUAAAUAUGCGGAAUUGGUCCUCAUGAAAGAGCUUGACAGAGAGACUCAGUCCUUCUAUAAUGUGGAGCUGGUGGCCACAGACGGGGGGAACCCGUACAGAUCCGGCUCAGCAAAGAUCACCGUCAAAGUGACGGACUUUAAUGACAACAGUCCCGUCUUUGACCAGAACAGUUUCUCCGUCAGUUUGCCGGAGGACGCGCCGGCUGGCACGGUCAUCCUGGACCUGAACGCAGUGGACGCGGACGAGGGUUUGAACGGGGAGGUGGUGUACGGGUUCGGGAAGCAGGUUUCUCAUGAGAUCCGAGAACUUUUCCAAGUGGAUAGUAAAUCGGGUCACCUGACGCUGCGGAGCCCCGUGGAUUUCGAGGACAAAAGCACCUAUGAGGUGGACGUGCAGGCGACUGAUUUGGGACCAAACCCGACCCCCUCAGUGUGCAAAAUCAUCAUUCACGUGACUGACGUGAACGACAAUGCCCCAGAAAUCAGCAUCACCCCCAUGACCUCCAUCACGACAGGUGUGGCGCACAUCAGCGAGGCGGCGGACAGGGACAGCCUGGUGGCGCUGAUCAGCACCAUGGACAGAGACUCGGGCAUCAACAGCCAGGUCCACUGCACCCUGUACGGCCACGACCACUUCAAACUCCGGCAGGCUCAUGAAGACAGCUACAUGAUAGUGACAGCUGCCCCUCUGGACAGGGAAAGGAUCAGGGAGUACAACUUGACAGUCAUGGCUGAGGAUUUUGGGUCACCCCCACUGAGAAAAAUCACCCAAUUCACCAUUAGACUAAACGACGAGAAUGACAACGCCCCCCACUUUGCCAAAGCCGUCUAUGAAGUCCCAGUGGUGGAAAACAACGCUCCAGGCGCUUACAUCACCACAGUUGAGGCCAGCGACGCCGAUCUGGGCAACAAUGGGAAAAUCACUUACAGGCUUGUGGAGGGUGUGAUCAUGGGCUCCCCAGUUAAUACCUUUGUGUCACUCAAUUCAAUGUCUGGCUCCAUUUAUGCUCUGAGAAGUUUCAAUUACGAGGUGAUGAAACAGCUGGACAUACAUGUUCAAGCAAGCGAUGGCGGGUCGCCACAGCUGCAGAGCACAGCCAUCAUCAGAUUAAAAAUAGUUGAUCAGAAUGACAACCAGCCCGCUAUCAUAGAGCCCCCCCUUUUCAAGGGUUCUGCUGAGGUUUUCCUGCCCAAAGAUGCUCCCGCGGGUUACGUCGUAACCCAAAUAAAAGCCACAGAUGCUGACGAAGGCACAAACGCACAGCUGUCCUAUAAAAUUGCCGAGGGGGGACACCUGGGUUUCUCCAUCCACAAAGACACGGGGAAGGUGCACGUCAGUCGGCAGUUGGCGUACGAUCUCACAGACAUGGUCAAAAUCAUCAUUUCAGUCAGUGAUCAUGGAUCCCCCUCACUGACCUCCACAGCUGCUCUUAUUUUGAGUUUCAUUGAAGGUACCAUACCAAGCUUGCCUUCAUUGGCUGAGGACGGCAGCGAGGAGGGGUUUGAAUGGGACACAUCCGUGGCCAUAAUUAUAGUCCUGGCAGGGAGCUGCUCCCUCCUCUUGCUGGCCAUCAUUCUCAUCACAACCAUUUGCAGCCGCCGCAAGAAAGAGGCCAGGGAGGGGAGGUUUGAUGAGAAAGAAAAUGCAGCAAAUGUGGAAAAAGUGGAAAGCGGACAUAUUGAUUCAUUGAUUGCCAACCACAAAGGCAAGACGUUUGAUAGCCAUCAGUUCACCGAGGACCCUUCGCUGGCCAACAGCAGCACAGCGGGGUCAGGCUGUGAAGAUGAGAAGCAGACAUCUGUAAUGUUUGAGCCAAACAACAGAAUGGAGGGGAAACUAAAGGGCUACUCCACACUGCCUGGAUAUGGAAAAGAAACUGUCAGGCCAAUAACAAUAUGGAAAGGAAAUUCAUUCACAACAAUUUCAGCUAGAGAGCCUCAUUUCAGCGGAAAGGACAGCGGAAAAGGGGACAGCGACUUCAACGACAGCGACUCAGACAUCAGCGGAGACGUGCACAAAAAAGAGUCCCCCCCAAUGAACACUCUAUGGGCGUGCACAAACGAGUGCAAAGUGCUGGGACAUUCAGACCGAUGCUGGAGCCCGUCCGCCACAAGGCCCAACACCAGCAUGGCCUGUGGACCUCAUCUGUCCACGUUUUCAAAGACGGCGACACUUCCCCGGGACGCCAGGAGAGAGAACUACUACCCACCUCUCUUACCCAAAACCAGCGGCCUGCAAAGCGUGUAUGAAAAAGUGCAACACCAGGAGUUUGAUUAUAUCCUUGUUGGUCCACCAACGCCAGCAAGAAUACAAGAAACGGAUGAAAUAUCCAUCCCAGAGUACACAAACUCUUAGAAAAAUACUCAAUCUGAACAAAAAGACAUUUUAAAUGUACAGUAUCGCUCUUUCAUGUGAUUCUGUGGUGACUAUUGCUGUGUUUUGUAGUGUGUCACGUGGCCCAUGUAAGACUGUUCAUUGUAUCAUGUGUAAUAUGCAAGAUUUUCUACAUUAAUAAUAUAUUUUUCAUAACGGUUCAUUGUAAAGAGGAAUUUUAUUAUGACUUUUUAAGAGCAUGUGUUACUAUUUAUAGGCAUGACCUAUGAACAUUCAGGCCCAACAUGGCCUUCCUGCUGUGAAAAACAAUCAAUAUGGACGAUUUACAUGUGUGUGAUAGAUUUUAUCACUUUGUUGCACAAAUAAACAAUUAAAAGGAA